UUCAAUGUCGGUCAAAGAAACUGGUGUACCUUCAUUAAUUCCUUUAAUACUAUCAAACUUUUGCUUCAAUGUUGCUAUAUAUAGUAAACCAGGCAUAUCUCACUCAUGAAUUACCAUCAGUACUUGCAUAUCAUUCAUGCUUCACCACGCAUUAAUAUAUAAUGCAUAAAGCUUCAUGUACAAAUAUGCUCUUUUUCAAAUUAUACAAAAUAUAUAUCAGAAAAAAGAGAAAGAAUUAGAAAUAUGCUUGUUUUCAUUUCACUACUAAACCAGGUACUGUAUGAAUACCUUUGUUUCUGUGACAUGGUUUUUGCCCUGUUGGGACUAUUCCUCUUUAGCUGUUUGCUUCAAAGAGUGACAAACAGAUCAUGCCCAAUGCUGUGGCCAGUGAUGGGGAUCAUACCUUCCAUAUUCUUCCAUGUCAAUCACAUCUAUGAUUGGGUCACCAUGGCCUUCAUCAGAGCUGGAGGUACUUUUCCCUACAGAGGAAUGUGGAUGGGAAAUGCCCAUGGAAUCCUAACCGUUGAUCCUUCCAACAUCGAAUAUAUGCUCAAAACAAGAUUCGAAAACUUCCCUAAAGGUAAAUAUUUCAGGGAUAGAUUUCAUGAUUUGCUUGGAGAUGGCAUUUUUAAUGCGGACAGCCAAUUGUGGAAAGAACAGAGGAGAUUAGCAACAAUAGAGAUGCAUUCCAACAGGUUUGUCAAACACUCACUUAAAACUAUGGAAGAUUUGGUGCAGAACAAGCUCAUCAAGUUGCUUGACGUGGUGGCUGAGUCAGGGGAGAAGCUUGAUCUGCAAGAAAUGCUUCUCCGUUUCACUUUCGACAACAUUUGCACCGCUGCUCUUGGUGUAGAUCCUGGUUGCUUGGGACUCAAUCUACCUCAAGUUCCAUUUGCUAAAGCUUUUGAAGAAGCAGCUGAAUUGACUCUCAUCAGAUUCCUCGUUCCACCUUUUGUGUGGAAACCAAUGAAGCUUUUCGGAUUAGGAUACGAAAAGCGGCUCAAAGAUGCGAUUGCAGUCACAAAUGAUUUUGCUGGAAAGACGGUGAGAGAUCGAAGAAAUGAAUUGGACAAGCAUGGAAACUUAAAUGGUCGAUCUGAUCUUUUAUCAAGGCUUAUUGAAAUUGAACAGAAUGAUUGCUUUUCGGAUAAGUUUCUGAGAGAUUUCUGCAUAAGUUUGAUUCUAGCAGGGCGUGACACUAGCUCGGUUGGACUGGCAUGGUUUUUCUGGCUGGUUCAGAAAAAUCCAGAGGUUGAAAGAAAAAUCCUCAUGGAGAUCAAUGAAGUUCUUCGUUGUCGCAGCGAUGACAACGAAGAAGAAGUGUUUACACUAGAAGAACUAAAGAAAAUGGUGUAUCUUCAAGCUGCAAUUUCAGAGUCACUAAGGCUGUACCCACCAGUUCCAAUUGACAUGAAAGAAGUUAUAGAAGAUGAUGUUUUUCCUGAUGGUUCUGUGGUGAAAAAGGGUGCUCGAGUUCUCUACUGCAUUUUUUCGAUGGCUCGAAUGGAAUCGAUAUGGGGAAAAGAUUGCUUGGAGUUCAAGCCUGAAAGGUGGAUUGAAAAUGGACAGUUUUCAAGUCAAAACCAAUUUAAAUAUGCAGUUUUCAAUGGAGGUCCGAGGCUUUGUGUGGGAAAGACAUUUGCUUACAUGCAGAUGAAAAUGGUGUCAGCUUCAAUAUUGCAGAGGUAUCAAUUUGAGGUUGUGAACAGUCAUGAGGUGGUUCCAAAGUUGACAACUACACUCUACCUGAAGAAUGGUUUGGUGGUGAAUCUCAAGCCUAGGUUGGUGGCCAUGAACUCAACCACAUAGUAUAGUAUCCUAUACAUAUUUGUAUCUUCGUUUGCUUUGAGAAUUAAUAAUAUUAAAGUGGCAUACUUUAUUGAUUAACUCUGUAGAAUAUGUUUGCUUAAAAAUA